CCGCGAGUGAAAUUUUUUUGGAAGAGUUUGUUUUUGUGUGGUCAUUUCCGGUGAAUUUGUUUUUAUUUUACCGUGCAGUGUUUGACAUUAUGCCGGCUAAGCGCAAAAGUCCGUCACAAAAAGCUGGGAAUGCCAAACGCCGAAAACUGAAUAAAGAAGAGUCUUCAGAUAAACAGAAAUCAGCUGUUAAAUCUUCUAAAUCAGGCGAUUCCACGUCCAAACAAACCGCUGCUGUUUUUUCCCUUGGUGGCCUCAUUACAAAUGACACGUGGAAAACAGCACUAUCAGAAGAACUGGACAAAGAUUAUGUCAAGGAAAUCGAAUCCAAGCUUAUCGCACAUUAUAAAAAUGGGGACAGCGUAUUUCCUCCCAAAGAGUUGAUCUUUAAUGCUCUUAACCUGACACCCCUAGAUGAGGUUAAAGUCGUGAUACUAGGACAAGAUCCUUACCAUGACGACGGACAGGCUAUGGGGCUUUCUUUCUCAGUACCAAAGGAUAUAAAAGUUCCUCCGUCUCUCAUGAAUAUUUAUAAGGAGCUGGACAGAGACUCGGACAUUAAAGGCUUCAAAGUCCCAAAUCAUGGAUGUCUGGAGAACUGGGCCAAGAAUGGAGUUCUGCUGCUAAAUGCCACACUGACUGUGACGGCACAUCAGCCGAAUUCACAUGCAAAAUAUGGUUGGCAGAAAUUCACCGACUCCAUCAUCGAUCUCAUCAGUGAAAAAUGUUCUGGCAUUGUUUUCAUUCUGUGGGGAGGAUUCGCUCAUAAAAAAGAGAAACGUAUCGACCAAACGAAACACGCAGUCAUUAAAACCGCCCAUCCCUCGCCCUUGUCAUUUGGGAAGUUUAUCAACUGCCAGUGUUUUUCAAAGGCCAACAAGAAAUUGCAGGAAUUUAAAAAAAGGCCUAUUGAUUGGAACCUGUGAGUGAACUUGGAAGAAAAUCACGAGUGAAAUGAUUUUAUGGAUUUAUCAUUUAAUUUUUAUGUUUGAUUAAGUUUUGUAUAUGAGCCCCCCUCCCCCCCCCCCCAAAAAAAAAUGUGUGUUUAUGGUCACCUGAAUGGCGCUGUAUUUUCACCCUGACCCUAAAUUUUUCUUAUUGGAAAAUAUAAAAUAUCAAACCGAGGUCCCGUGUCACAGUAAGUGUGGCACGAUAAAGAUCCCUCCCUGCUCAAAGGCCAUAAGCAUCGAGCAUAGGCCUAAAUUUUGCAGCCCUUCACCAGCAAUGGUGACGUUUCCAUAAUUAUGAGUGAAAAAAUAUUCGGAUGGGAUGUUAUUAUGCAACCAACCAAGGAACAUUGGAUGUAAAGCUGUGGGGAAAUUAUAUCAGAUAACGACAUCCCUAACAGUUGUUUGAAACUGUCAUUGUAUACAAGUACACAAAUGAUAAUAAUAUACAAAUACACUAAAUUAUAACUGUCAACAUAAUAAAUUAUACAAGUACACAAAUGAUAAUAAUAUACAAAAUCGCAAAGAAAAGAAAGUCUGACCUACCGACCCUAUUUUUUAUCAGCAGGGUGCUGUAAACACAGAUUUUAUUUGUUUGGCCUGAUCAUCCUAUGCUGUUUCAGUUAUUAUUUUUCUUGAUACAUAAGUCAAAUCUAAGAUGUUAACAUAGUUAUAGUGAUCGUACCUUCAAAUCUAAGAUGUUAACAUAGGUAGUGAUUUUUCCUUCACCAAACACUCUGCAUUUAGAAGGUGAGAAUCACAGGUCUUUCAAAUAGGACUUUGAAAAUGGAGGUCCCGUGUCACAGCAGGCAUUGGCACGAUAAAGAACCCUCACAGCUAUGCCCUCAGAGUGCUAAGCAUAGGUCUAAAUUUCAUUUCAUAUAAAAUGAUUAUGAAAUUCAAUUUACAAAUACAUUUGUUUCGGUCGUUUUUUAAAUGACUCCCCCUCUUCAACCUGUGAUAAUCCCAAUAGUUUUAUAAGAGUUUUACUUUCCAUAUUUACAAUUAUUCAUAAAGAACUAUUUUUUGCUGUUUAUUUUUUUACUAGAAUGAUUUCUUUACAUUAAAGAUUAAAACUUACAAACAUUAAAA